AUGUAGGAGUGGCCUAAGAAAUUGUUUCUUGCUAUUGCAUUCGUCUCUUGCUUCACCUGUUAUGCAAGACCAGACUACAAUCUCCCGCUAUUCGCCUUUGCAUAUUUGCUUUGGGACAUAGACAGACCUGUAAGUGAAUCAUCUAAGUCAAUUUAGGUAUCGCAAAAGAUUAGAUUAAUUUACCUAUUUGUUUAUUCGUGGAUUAUUGAUUUCGUUUGGCUUGUUUAUUGGGGUCCAUUUUGGAAUUCAUCCACUUUCAGUCAUAAUUGGGCUGAUGGAAUUUAAACCUUUGUGUUAGUGUUGUCCGUUAUCAACUUUAUCUUGAAAUUGGGUACAAUUGUAGUGUGCAUUUUGGCAGAGAAAGAAUGCAAAGAUGCAUUACAUCCUGAAAAUGCAAUGGGACAUGCGAAGAACAUCUUUAAUAGUGAUGGUUAGCAUUAAUGA